CCAAAAUCUCAGUCCCUUCUCAGCUACCUCGCCACUGUCCCUCUCAUAAACCCUACUAACCUCCACCUCAGCCCCUAUGUCUCUCAUCUCCCGCCUCCGCCAAUCCUUCCUCCUCCUCCACACGCGCCGCCUCUCCACCACCACCGAACCCUCCUCCAGAGACAAAAUCCGCUCCCUCAUCGCCCUCCUCAAAACCGAAAAAGACCCCCACAAAAUCGUCUCCCUCUGCCAAUCCGCCUCCCUCACCCCCGACUCCAACCUCCACCGCAUCGCCCUCACACGCGCCGUCACCUCCCUCCGCGACUCCCCCCACCCAAACCUCAUCCCCCAAUUCCUCGACCACCUCCUCCUCUCCCGCCCCGACCUCCAAACGCACCGUAUCGCCUCCCACGUCAUCCUCCUCUACGGCCGGGCCCGCAUGCCCGACCACGCCGUCCGCACCUUCGAGCUUUGCCAUGAACUCGGUAUCCCCCAGGACGUGAAGCUCCUCAAUGCCCUGUUAUUAUCUUGCGUUUUCGCCGAGGAUUACAAAGAGGUCACUCGGAUUUACCGCGAUUUUCCGAAGGUUUAUGGGAUUCAGCCAAAUCUGGACACUUACAAUUGCGUACUCAAAUCCCUUUCGGAGUCUGGCUCCACCGGCUCAGCCUACUCUGUUUUGGCGGAGAUGGAGAGGAGGAGGAUCAAGCCGGAUGGGAACACGUUCGGGCACUUGCUUUCGGGGUUUUACAGCGAGGAGAGGUUUGAGGAUGUGGGAAAUGUGAUCAAUUUGAUGGAGAAGUAUGGGUUCCAACCGGGGCUUGAUACCUACAACGUUAGGGUUCGGAGUCUCUGUAAGUUGAAGAAGUCGAUGGAGGCAGAGGCAUUGUUGGAUGGGAUGUUGGGGAGGGGUAUCAAGCCGAAUGCGGUCACGUUUUGCCAUUUGAUUCUCGGGUUUUGCAAGGAGGGGAAUUUGGAGAAAGGGAAGAAGAUGUUUGAGAAGAUGGUGGAGAGGGGGUUUAAGCCGGAUUGCAACUGCUAUUAUACUCUAGUGUACUACUCGUGCACAGGAGGGGAUUUCGAGAGUGCGUUGAGGUUUGCAAAGGAGAGCAUUGAGAAGAAUUGGGUGCCGAAUUUUGCUACGAUGAGGUUGCUUGUGGAUGGACUUGUGAGCAUUGGGAAGGUGGCUGAGGCUCGCCAGCUUAUCGGCCAGAUGAAGGAGAAGUUCACUGUGAAUCAACAUAGGUGGAGUGAAGUUGAAGAAGGCUUGCCACAGUGAAUGUCAGUGUGGAAGGUUUAGUGGUUUCUUUAGAAUUGAUAUUCUGUGAAUUCAUAUGGAAAUAACCUAACAAGCUUCUGUGUCUAUGUUAGUAUGUUUCAUGGUGCUUGAAAUUUAGUUGAUGAUAUAGUUUAUCAAGAUUCUGUAGAAAUAGACUUGGAUUUCUCUGAGAUACAAUUGGUUCUGUAUAACUUUUAGCAGGAAAAACUACUUUCAAAUAGGCUUUACAUUUUAGCAAAGAGGCCUAGGCAGAAAUCUGGAUACUGCACUUUUGAUCUAAUCAUGUCUCAGAGCUGGUUUGUUGUUCUGCCAGCCACAUUGAUCUUUA